AUGAGCGGCCCCAUAGAGGGGGCUCAUGGGGGAGGGGACCCCAGGCCUGGAGAUGCUUUUUGUCCUGGAGGGCCCCCAUCCCUGGGGCCCUCACAGCACCGGCCUUGCCCAGGCCCCAGUCUGGCCGAUGACACGGAUGCCAACAGCAAUGGCUCGAGUGGCAAUGAAUCCAAUGGUCCUGAGUCCAGGGGUGCAUCUCAGCGGAGCUCACAUAGCUCCUCCUCCGGCAACGGCAAGGACUCAGCCCUGCUGGAGACCACUGAGAGCAGCAAGAGCACAAACUCUCAGAGCCCAUCCCCACCCAGCAGUUCCAUUGCCUACAGCCUCCUGAGUGCCAGCUCAGAGCAGGACAACCCAUCUACCAGUGGCUGCAGCAGUGAACAGUCAGCUCGGGCGAGGACCCAGAAGGAGCUCAUGAUGGCGCUUCGGGAGCUCAAGCUUCGGCUGCCACCAGAGCGCCGGGGCAAGGGUCGCUCUGGGACCCUGGCUACACUUCAGUACGCACUGGCUUGCGUCAAGCAGGUGCAGGCCAACCAGGAAUACUACCAGCAGUGGAGCCUGGAGGAGGGUGAGCCCUGUGCCAUGGACAUGUCCACCUACACUCUGGAGGAGCUGGAACAUAUCACAUCUGAGUACACGCUUCGUAACCAGGACACCUUCUCGGUGGCUGUCUCUUUCCUGACAGGCCGCAUUGUCUACAUUUCGGAGCAGGCAGGUAUCCUGCUGCGCUGCAAGCGAGAUGUGUUCCGGGGUGCCCGCUUCUCAGAGCUCCUGGCACCCCAGGAUGUGGGCGUCUUCUAUGGUUCCACUGCCCCAUCUCGCUUGCCCACCUGGGGCACUGGGGCCUCAGCAGGUUCAGGCCCCAAGGACUUCACCCAGGAGAAGUCUGUCUUCUGCCGUAUCAGUGGAGGUCCUGACCGGGAUUCAGGGCCUCGGUACCAGCCAUUCCGCCUAACUCCAUACGUGACCAAGAUCCGGGUCUCGGAUGGGGCCCCCGCACAGCCGUGUUGCCUGCUCAUUGCAGAGCGAAUCCACUCGGGUUAUGAAGCUCCCCGGAUUCCUCCUGACAAAAGGAUUUUUACUACUCGGCACACACCCAGCUGCCUCUUCCAGGAUGUGGAUGAGAGGGCGGCCCCACUGCUGGGCUACCUACCCCAGGACCUCCUAGGGGCCCCCGUGCUCCUGUUCUUACAUCCUGAGGACCGACCCCUCAUGCUGGCCAUUCACAAGAAGAUCCUCCAGCUGGCGGGCCAGCCGUUUGACCAUUCCCCUAUUCGCUUCUGUGCCCGUAAUGGUGAAUACGUCACCAUGGACACCAGCUGGGCCGGCUUUGUGCACCCUUGGAGCCGCAAGGUGGCGUUUGUGUUGGGCCGCCACAAAGUCCGCACGGCACCCCUGAAUGAGGACGUGUUCACUCCCCCGGCCCCCAGCCCAGCUCUGUCCCUGGACCCUGAUAUCCAGGAGCUCUCAGAGCAAAUUCACCGGCUGCUGUUACAGCCUGUACACAGCCCCAGCCCCACGGGGCUCUGUGGAGUUGGCCCCGCGACCUCCCCAGGCCCUCUCCUCAGCCCUGGCUCCUCCAGCGAUAGCAACAGGGGUGAUACCCAGGGGCCUGGGCCUCCCGGCCCGGUGACUUUCCAGCAGAUCUGUAAGGACGUGCAUCUGGUGAAGCACCAGGGGCAGCAGCUUUUUAUUGAGUCUCGGGUUCGGCCUCCACCCCGGCCCCGACUCCCUGCUACAGGCACAUUCAAGGCCAAGGCCCUUCCCUGCCAGUCCCCAGAGCUGGAGGUGGCCCCUGCUCCUGUCCACGUCCCACUAGGCUUGGCCCAUGAGGAGGGUGAGAAGAAAGAAGCCUCCACCUGCUCCUACCAGCAGAUUAAUUGCCUGGACAGCAUCCUCAGGUACCUGGAGAGUUGUAACAUCCCCAACACAACCAAGCGCAAGUGUGCCUCCUCCUCUUCCUGCACCACCUCAUCUGUCUCCGACGAUGACAAGCAGAGGGCAGGUCCUGUCCCCGCAAGUGUCAAAAAAGAUCCAACGGCAGUGUUGUCUGGGGAGGGGGCCACCCCACAGAAGGAGCCAGUGGUGGGAGGCAACCUGAGCCCUCUCGCCCUGGCCAAUAAGGCGGAGAGCGUGGUAUCCAUCACCAGUCAGUGUAGCUUCAGCUCCACCAUCGUCCAUGUGGGAGACAAGAAGCCCCCGGAGUCGGACAUUGUCAUGAUGGAGGACCUGCCUGGUCUGGCCCCGGGCCCAGCCCCCAGCCCGGCCCCCAGCUCCACAGUAGCUCCUGAUCCAGCCCCAGAUGCCUACCGCCCUGUGGGCCUGACCAAGGCCGUGCUGUCCCUGCACACACAGAAGGAGGAGCAGGCCUUCCUCAGCCGCUUCCGGGACCUUGGCAGGCUACCGGGACUCGACGGCUCUUCCCCAGCACCAUCGGCCCCUGGGGAGCGAGGCUGUCACCAUGGCCCCGUAACUCCUGGCCGCCGGCACCACUGUCGAUCCAAAGCCAAGCGCUCACGCCACCAGCAGAUCCCCCGGCCUGGAACCCCCUGCUAUGUCUCCCAGCCCUCACCUGCACCACCCUCUGCCCCCUGGCCCCCCCCACCAGCCACUACUCCCUUCUCAGCUGUGGUCCAGCCCUAUCCCCUCCCGGUAUUUUCCCCCAGAGGAGGCCCCCAGCCUCUGCCACCUGCCCCCACACCUGUGCCCCCUGCAGCUUUCCCUGCCCCCCUGGUAACCCCAGUGGUGGCCUUGGUGCUCCCUAACUAUCUGUUCCCUACCCCCUCUAGUUGUCCCUAUGGGGUACCCCAGGCUCCUGCUGAGGGGCCUCCCACUCCAGCCUCCCACUCCCCUUCUCCGUCCCUGCCCCCACCGCCCCCCAGCCCUCCCCACUGCCCGGACUCUCCACUAUUCAACUCAAGGUGCAGCUCCCCGCUCCAGCUAAAUCUGCUGCAGCUUGAAGAGCCCCCUCGUGCUGAGGGGGGUGCUGUUGCAGGGCCCCCAGGGAACAGUGCUGGGCCCCCCCUUCCCAAUGAGGAGGCUUUGGAGCCAGAGGCCAGACUGGUGGAAGUGACUGAGUCCUCCAAUCAGGACAUGCUGUCGGGCUCCAGUGACCUGCUGGAGCUCCUGCUGCAAGAGGACUCACGCUCGGGCACAGGCUCUGCCGCCUCGGGCUCCCUGGGCUCUGGCUUGGGCUCUGGGUCUGGCUCGGGCUCCCACGCGGGGGGCAGCACCUCAGCCAGCGUCACCCGCAGCAGUCAGAGCAGCCACACAAGCAAGUACUUCGGCAGCAUCGACUCCUCGGAGGCCGAGGCGGGAACGGCCCAGGCCGAGGCUGAGCCCGGGGACCAGGUCAUGAAGUACGUGCUCCAGGACCCUCUCUGGCUGCUCCUGGCCAACGCCGACCAGCGCGUCAUGAUGACCUACCAGGUGCCGGCCAGGGACAUGGCCUCUGUGCUGAAGCAGGACCGAGAGCGGCUCCGGGUCAUGCAGAAGCAGCAGCCUCGGUUCUCGGAGGACCAGCGGAGGGAACUGGGUGCUGUGCACUCCUGGGUCCGGAGGGGCCAGCUGCCUCGGGCCCUUGACGUGAUGGCUUGUGUGGACUGUGGUAGCAGCACCCAAGACCCUGGCCACCCUGAUGACCCACUCUUCUCGGAGCUGGAUGUACUGGGGCUGGAGCCCAUGGAAGAGGGCGGAGGCGAGGGUGUUGGUGGCAGUGAGGGCGGAGGAGGUGAGGGAGAGGGUGGAGGUGAGGCUGGGGCCCAAGCUGGGGCCAUAGUCUCAAGCUCUCAGGACUUGGCCAUGGAGGAGGAGGAACAAGGCGGGAGCUCAUCCAGUCCAGCCUUACCUGCUCCAGUAAAUGGUACCAGCUAGACUCCAUUUGGGGGCCACUUCUGGGAGUCCAUGAGAGGCUUCCUUCCUCCAUGUCCCAACUCUCAGAACUCAUAUGUGGCUGGACCAACCAACAGAAAACUGCCCCAGCUCUUCCCGUUGUAGGGGGCUGGACCCCCGUCACCAGCCCAGGAUCGAGGGCCUGCCUCCUGGCCUCUUUUUAGGGAACAGAGAGAGGGUGGAACUAAGCCCAGCCCAGAGGAGCUUACCUCCCUCCGCCUGGUGAGGAGUCCUUCUCUCCCCUGGACAAGGUUGCGGACAAGCUGUUGAAGUGGUCUCUCUAAAUCCCAGCUGAGCCCAAGUCCCAGUCCCUGAGGGCUGGGGCUACACUUAUUUAUUGGGGGAGACAGCCCUCUCUCCCAUCUCCUUCCCAUAAGCCAGAGGAAAGGAGGAGGGAGAGAAGGAGGGCCUGAGGCCCAAGCAGGACCCAGGGGUCUGGACCCCUAGCUGCUCCAGGGUGGGGGAGGUUGGUGGACCAUGGAGUCCCUGGUGCUGCCCCUCUGAUGGGACCCAGGUGUUCUCAGCUGUAUCCUCUACCAGUUGCUUUUGUGUUUUUGAUAUUGUGUCUGUUAUUUUUUAAUACCAAAAAAAAAAAAAAACCGGAGUCUGUGGAGUGAAGUUUGUGGGUUGGGUGAGGGGAACUGUGGAGCUGUAGGGAGGUGUUUGCUGGCAGCUUAGAAGGUUAUGAAGGUGAGCAGUUCCAUCCCCAUUCCCCUUCUCCCCACACCCUUCCCAGCCGAAGGGCCCUGUUGAACCUGCUGUAUCUACAACCUAACUCAAACCCCUACUAUCGCCUCCCGAACAUUCCCACAGCCGGGCUUGUCCUUUCAUGGAGAGAUGAGAAGCAGCUUGUGUCCAAGGGCUUGUGCAAGCUCCAACCGUGGGUCCCCGGCGGGUGAGGGAAGCCCGCUUAACGCCGGGUCUUGUCAGGCAGCCGAGGGUGUUCAGCUUCGCAGUAGAGGUUGCUUAGCUUCUUCAUCACCACAGGAUAGGGCCCUUCAGCAGAUCAGCCUAGGAACCUAAGGAACGCGGGCAGGCGCACCCAUUCACGAUCAUGUUGGCCCCCAAAGGUGUAGGAAAAGGGAGGGGCGGAGGAGGUGGGGCGCAUUAACUUUGGAAAAGCAGAAGGGAGCCUGCUACAGCGUUUGGUGGGUGAUUGCCAUCGACCGGCGCCCUUUAACAGCUGAUCUAUCCAUAGACACACAGCGUCUCCGGCUGGCGCCGUGGCUUAGCUGGUUAAAGCGCCUGUCUAGUAAACAGGAGAUCCUGGGUUCGAAUCCCAGCGGUGCCUGGGCCUAUUUGAGCAGUAUAUUAUUGCCGCGUAAAGAACGCAUUUCUGUCUAUUCCGAAGCUCCUCCCUGUCGUGCCUUCCGAAGAUUCUUCUUCUUACCAAACCAAUCCCUCCUGAAGCGUCCGUUCCAGUGCAAUUUUAAAAUGGUACCUCUUGCAAGUCAAGACUCGUAGUCCGCUUUCCUGAGCUAUUGUGAGGUGGGCAUCCUUUCGUCUCCCCCCAACCGUUGGGGAGCCUGGAUUCAGGUUUGGGCUCAUUUUGUUGGGGCCAUACUGUGGGUCAUGUCGGACACAGAGAGCAGUAAGGCGGACUCACACAGAGAUGCUGACAGCUGAUACAGGGGAGGCGCGAUAAGCGCCCCGGAAUCAAGCGCACGCGCACGGAAGUC